ACACUACAAUAAUUUACACAAAAGGGCUGUUAUGUAUAACCCCACAUUCCACUUUUGUUAGAACACUUAUGUUUCAGUUUAAGUUGUUAUGUUGCUGUUAUUACACUAGUUGUAAUAUUUGUUUGCAAUUUUGGAAAAGGGUUUAAGAGUUUGAAGGGUUUUGUUGGGGGAUUCAUGGUUUCAGUUUUAAAGAAUUUGUGGGUGUCCCCUUGUUUUGCCUUGAGUUCGGAGAAAAAACCCCGAUUUCGAGUUCGAGCUAGCAGUGUUAGUGGGGGGAAGUCAGCUGUAGUUAAUGGAGUUGGUGUUAAUGAAGAGAAGAGUAAAGUUUUGGGUGUGGAGGGGAAUGGUAGGGUGGUUUUGAAUGGAAUGGAGGAUAAGAGUGGGAAUGAUGUUGCUCGUAAAAAGCUGGAGCCUUUAUGGGAUGAUGGGUAUGGGAAACAGACUGUGAAGGAUUAUCUUGAGUUAGCAGAGGAGUUUAUUAAGCCGGAUGGUGGACCGCCUCGAUGGUUCUGCCCACUAGAAUGUGGUGAACCCAUGGAAGAUGCGCCUGUUCUUUUGUUUUUGCCGGGGAUGGAUGGCCUUGGAAUGGGCCUUAUUUUACACCAUGAAGCUUUAGGAGAAGCUUUUGAAGUUAGAUGCUUGCAUAUUCCUGUUCACGAUCGGACACCAUUUGAAGAUCUGGUGAAAUUUGUUGAAUAUUCUUUGAGGAGUGAAUAUGCUGCUUCUCCGAAUAAACCAAUUUACCUGGUUGGAGAUUCUUUUGGUGGCAGUUUAGCACUAGCAGUUGCUUCUCGGAAUCCAACCAUUGACUUGGUGUUAAUAUUAGCAAAUCCAGCCACUUCAUUUGGCAGGUCACAGUUGCAACCUAUAUUUCCGCUGUUGGAGGCUCUUCCUGAAGAACUUCAAGUUGCGAUUCCUUAUCUUCUAAGCGGCGUUAUGGGUGACCCUAUGAAGAUGGCAAUGGUCAACAUCGAUACUUCGCUUCCUCGUACAGUUGUUACUGGGAAAAUGUCUGCCAACCUUACUGCUCUGCUACCACUUCUGUCGUCAUUGUCUGAUAUCAUACCAAAAGAUACUCUUCUUUGGAAGUUAAAGCUUCUUAAAUCGGCUGCUGCCUACGCCAAUUCUCGCCUCCAUGCCGUAACAGCUGAAGUAUUAAUACUUGCAAGUGGCAAGGAUAACAUGCUUCCUAGUAAAGAUGAAGCGCAAAGGCUUUCAACUUCCUUACGGAACUGCAAAAUUUGUUACUUUAAAGACAAUGGACAUACUAUUUUAUUGGAAGAUGAUGUUAAUUUGAUGACUAUUAUCAAAGGUAACUGCAAAUAUCGGCGUUCACGGAAACAUGAUUUUAUUAAGGAUUUUAUACCUCCGAGUAUGUCAGAAUACAAGAAGGCUGUUGAAAAAUAUGGAUCAUAUCGUUAUUAUGUUAGUCCAGUAAUGCUGUCAACUAUGCCAGAUGGAAAAAUUGUGAGAGGACUUGCUGGGGUUCCAAAUGAAGGCCCCGUAUUAUUAGUUGGUUAUCACAUGCUGUUGGGAACAGAGCUUGUUCCUCUUGCUUUGGAAUUCUUGAGGGAAAAAAAGGUUUUAAUCCGGGGUCUAACACACCCAACACUGUUUAGUCAACAGGCCGCAAGCAGUUCUAAUGAAUUUUCCUUCUUCGAUCUGCUGAAAGUAUUUGGUGCAUUGCCCGUCACACCUAGUAAUUUAUUCAAAUUGUUUUCGACAAAAUCGCACGGUCUUCUUUAUCCUGGCGGUGCGCGCGAGGCCCUCCAUCGCAAGGGUGAGGAAUAUAAAUUGUUUUGGCCUGAUCAACCAGAAUUUGUAAGAAUGGCAGCUAGAUUUGGGACAACCAUUGUUCCAUUUGGAGUAGUCGGAGAAGAUGACAUAGCAGAAAUAGUUCUUGAUUAUAAUGACUAUAUGAGAAUUCCUGUCGUCAAUGACCUCAUAAAAAAAUCUAACGAAGAGGGUAUAAGGCUGAGGACUGAGAUGAGUGGAGAGAUUGCAAAUCAAGAUCUGUACUUUCCUGGCAUUCUACCAAAGAUUCCUGGACGCUUUUACUUUUUGUUUGGUAAGCCAAUACAAACAAAAGGGAAGGAAAAUGUGCUUAAAAACCGAGAUUCAGCAAAUGAGUUGUACUUGCAGAUAAAGUCUGAAGUAGAACAGAACAUAGCUUAUUUGAUUAAAAAAAGAAAGGAGGAUCCUUAUAGGGGCAUUCUUGACAGGACUGUAUACAGGGCGUUAGAUGCGUCUAUAGAUGAAGCACCAUCAUUUGAACUUUAAUUCUUGUAUAGAUGAAACAGUAUCAUUUAACAAUUAAUGGAUUGAUAGUUGUAUAGAGGAGGGACCAUCAGUUAAACUUGGAUACAUUUUAAUAUGUGGGUGCGUCGGAGUGUUGGCGCUUAUUGCCAUAAUUUUUUUUAAAAAAGGUCUCAAUUAUCAUUGUUGGAGGAGAUCGUAUCGAUCUAUCACUUUGCAAUCGAAAACACAAGAUCAUUUAUUCUGUA